CAUCAACAUGCUGCCGCUCCUUCUUCACACCUUCACCUCCGUCUGUUUCCUCACAGCGCCAGCCCGAGUGUCAGCCGUCACCACGGAGACGGUGGUGGGCGUGGCCGGGAGAAAGGUGAUGCUGCCGUGUCGUUCGGAGGCCGUGAAUCAGAAAGGAGUGGAGGUGUGCUGGGGGAGAGGAGAACCGUCACUGUUCACCUGCCACAACGCUGUGAUCUACACGGCUGGAGGUCAGGUCACAUACAGGAAGUCAUACAGGUAUUCGGCACCGUCCUCGUCCUCUCUGUCCAUCUUUAACUCUCGACCGUCAGACUCUGGUUUCUAUCACUGCAGAGUUCAGCUGUCGGGUCUGUUCAACGACCAAACGUCCACCGUGCACCUCAUCAUCAUCACCCCUCGCUCUGUGGCCUCCGACUCUUCAGCAACAGAAACCUCGGAGCUCUCAGACCACAGGGACGCCGAGAACCUGAACGCACCACACACUACAACAGGUUUCCUCAGAGGAGGCGUGACAAAGCAGAGAGGAAGUGAUGUCACAGGAGAGAGCGCCACAGAGCCAAUGGUGGCGAGGGCUCAGGCGUCUGUCCAGCAGCAGGUCGACAGACUGCAGAGCUUCAUUGGAAACACAGUGAGGGGCUCCUUCAUCAUCUUCAUCCCUGCACUGCUGCUGACUGCUGCUUACAGAGUUUGGAGGACGAAUCAGAGUCCAGAGACGGACAGAAGACUGGACCAAUCAGAGGAGGAGGACAGCUGUGUGUAGCGUUUGUCUGCUGUUUCCUGUUUGGAGUUUCUUCUUUUGGUCCAGCUGGGCCACCGUACAGACCUUCAUCACAGCCGGUCGACAGCUGCUGUGUCUCUAAUGUAACGAACUACUUUUACACAAAUCCUGUACUUGACUACAAAUUUGAGUUACUUGUACUUUACUUGAGUAUUUCUAUUUUUAUGCUACUUUCUACUUCAACUGGACUGCAGUUCUGAGGGAAAUACUGCACUUUUUACUGCACUGCGUUUCUGUAACAGCUUCAGUUAAA